GGCAACUCCAAACCCGUGAACCCAUUUUGAAUCGACCCGUCUAAACCCGCCAUAAAACUAAACAUACAACGCCGCCGGUUGCCGCCCACACAAAACCUCCUCUUACCUAAGAUUAUUUGAAAUUCAAUCUUUGUAAUGCAACAUUUUCUUUUUUCAAUCUAUUUAUCUUAAAUUAAUUGCAGUUUCAUUUUAUCAGAGCUGCUAUGAGUGAUCGAGCAAUUGAAUCAAAUGAGGUACAGUCAAGCUCAGAAGCCUCAGAUUGAGCCUAUUCGGAUGCCUACUGUGGAGGAAAUAAGGGGACAAGACAUUUGGAACAACUGUGCAGUUCGUAGCGUUGUUAGUGGAGUCAUGGGAGGGGGACUAGGGUUGUUCAUGGGUCUGUUUCUAGGGGCACUGGAUAACCCAAUAAUGCAAGAGGAAAUGACUACUAGGCAACAACUUGUAUACCAAGCAAAGCAGAUGGGUCGGAGGAGUUGGAGUUCCUGCAAAACUUUUGCUGUUAUGGGUUUGGUUUUCUCUGCUGCUGAAUGUGUUGAUGAGAAGGCACGGGCAAAACAUGACAUGACAAAUACAGCAGUUGCAGGGUGCGUAACGGGAGGCACAUUAUCAGCUAGAGGUGGCCCAAAAGCUGCAUGUGCAGGUUGUGCUGGCUUUGCUACAUUUUCAGUCCUGAUUGAGAAGUUCUUGGAUAGAUAUCACUAAUCCCAGUGAGUAAUUAGACAAUAUGGAUCAUUCAUCAGCCUGAAAUAUGGAAGUUACACCAACCGGCAUAUAUAUAGAGCUCGUUUGGAUUGGCAUAAAAAAGUGGCUUUUUCGUAGAAAUAGCUUUUAAGCCAAAAAAACAAUGAGUUGCCCAGCUUAUAGCUUAAAAGCCAAUCCAAACACCCUCAUAGUCACAUUCUUUUUUACCCCAACUGUAAGAUAUUGAUAUAAUGAUAUUGGGCAAUGUUAUAAACAUGCAGCUCACUUCAUACCUCAUAUUUGCCCUCUGUUCACUUCCUCGAGUUUGUGAAUCUGGUCCCAGAACUGGGAAUAUCUAGCAUUAAUUUAGACACGUUUAAGACAUUUUUGUCUAAUAAGGUAGUCAGUUUCUCUUAGUUGUAAUGUUUACUUUCUUUACUCCAAUAAAAUGUUGGCUUCUUUGCAAGUCA